AUGUAUAAUCGUGCAGAGGGAGCGUUCAAAAAAUUGAAGCCAGAGCCUGGUGGGACGAGCACGUCAGGAGGCACGUCAGCACUGUCCCCUUCACUGGGUCCUCAACAUGCGGGUCACACACCCACUACAGCUUCCUGUCCCACACCUGCGAGACGACGUCAUAGAACUACAUUUACUCAGGAACAGCUUGCGGAGUUAGAGGCAGCGUUUGCAAAAUCUCACUAUCCAGACAUUUACUGCAGAGAGGAGCUCGCAAGGACAACGAAGCUCAAUGAAGCGAGGAUACAGGUGUGGUUUCAAAACCGCCGGGCGAAAUAUCGUAAGCAAGAGAAGCAGUUACAGAAAGCGCUUGCACCAGCAGUGCUGCCGGGCUGCAACGGCAUGAUGAGAAAUAUCCAAGGCUACAGAGGCUACCAACCAUACCCUCACCCUAACACUAUUAAUAGAUAUCCACAGCAUCACGGCAGCUAUGAAGAGCUACAAAAGGAUAUAUUUUCUUUGUCGCAAAUGGGCGGCGGCUCGUACCCAAUGCCGCAAGGUUUCUCUAUGGGUCACAGCGCCAACAUGACUGCCGUCGGCAUGCGACAAGAUACUAUGGGUAUGAGCGCGGAGGACGAAUGGUACAACAAAUCGCUCUCCGCGCUACGAAUGAACAGCGGGCACCACGCGAACCUCGCGGCAGCCCCAAUGCUGCAGUACCAGACC